AUGGAACGGAAAUUAAGAACAAGAAGAUGUUUGCGCUACAAAGUUUUCAAGCCGAGGCGAAGCACGACUAAAAACGUAAAUAAAAAUAAGCGCGACGCUAAGAUCUUUAAAGACUCUACGUCGGCGAUAGAUGCAAUUAUUGUGAGUAGACGACCUCUCGAUCCCCAAGUAGCAGAGGUCCGCCGGAGCCUAGAAGAGUUCUGCAAAAGUGGAACUCAUACCCUAUUCUGGGUAAAGGCGCACGUAUGCACGCCGGAGAACGAGAGGGUGAACAUAUUAGCUAAAGAAGUGGCGGAAAAAUUUAGAACAGAACCUGAAUACGUCCAUAUGUAUAUGUCGCAGCCAACUAACUUAAUUAGCCGUUCAAUCAACAAUCUAGUAUAUUUACUAUACUGCGCCUUCAACUAG